AUGGAUGUCACGCCGGGCCCCGUGGCCGCGGUGGUGGGGACGGCGGGCGUGGGGACGGUGCCGGAGGUGACGGCCGGGGCGCUGUGUGGUGUGCCGGGGGCGGCCGUGGUGACCCUGAGUGUGGUGGCGUCCCGGGUGGCCUGGGACGCGGGGGGCGUGGGCAGGGUGGCCGUGGUCGCGGAGGCGGGGGCCGAGGUGGCGGGGCCAGGGCUGGUGUCAGAGGUGGCCCCGGUGGGCGGGGCGGAGCUGGCAGGCGCGGGGAGGGAGGUGGUGUGGGUGGCAGGGGUGCCGCUCGGGGAGCCGGACCCAGGGCUGGUGCUGGAGGUCCAGGCGGGGGCGGGCAGCGUGGUGGGGGCCGGCGGGGAGGACCCCGGGCCGCUGGUGGAGGACGUCAGGGUGUGGGCGGCCACGGGCGUGGAGGUGGUGGUGGGUGCCGGGGACGGGGCCGUGUGGGUGGGCGUGACGGCUGUGGUGAGGGAAGGCGGAGACGUGAUGCGGGUGGUGAUGGCGGGAGAGCCGGGGGAGAGGUCAGUGGCCGGGGUGGCGGAGGUGGGGCGCGGCGGAGCGGAGCUGGAGCCGGCCGCCACCGCCGAGGUGGCACUCGGGGCCUGGGUGGCCCGGGUACCGGCGGUCGGGGCGGGAGAGGAGCCCCCGGAGGAGGUCCCCGCGGGGCUGGUGGAGAGGGAGGGCGCGGGGGUGCUGUGGGUACUGGUGAACAUGGAUGUCACGCCGGGCCCCGUGGCCGCGGUGGUGGGGACGGCGGGCGUGGGGACGGUGCCGGAGGUGACGGCCGGGGCGCUGUGUGGUGUGCCGGGGGCGGCCGUGGUGACCCUGAGUGUGGUGGCGUCCCGGGUGGCCUGGGACGCGGGGGGCGUGGGCAGGGUGGCCGUGGUCGCGGAGGCGGGGGCCGAGGUGGCGGGGCCAGGGCUGGUGUCAGAGGUGGCCCCGGUGGGCGGGGCGGAGCUGGCAGGCGCGGGGAGGGAGGUGGUGUGGGUGGCAGGGGUGCCGCUCGGGGAGCCGGACCCAGGGCUGGUGCUGGAGGUCCAGGCGGGGGCGGGCAGCGUGGUGGGGGCCGGCGGGGAGGACCCCGGGCCGCUGGUGGAGGACGUCAGGGUGUGGGCGGCCACGGGCGUGGAGGUGGUGGUGGGUGCCGGGGACGGGGCCGUGUGGGUGGGCGUGACGGCUGUGGUGAGGGAAGGCGGAGACGUGAUGCGGGUGGUGAUGGCGGGAGAGCCGGGGGAGAGGUCAGUGGCCGGGGUGGCGGAGGUGGGGCGCGGCGGAGCGGAGCUGGAGCCGGCCGCCACCGCCGAGGUGGCACUCGGGGCCUGGGUGGCCCGGGUACCGGCGGUCGGGGCGGGAGAGGAGCCCCCGGAGGAGGUCCCCGCGGGGCUGGUGGAGAGGGAGGGCGCGGGGGUGCUGUGGGUACUGGUGAACAUGGAUGUCACGCCGGGCCCCGUGGCCGCGGUGGUGGGGACGGCGGGCGUGGGGACGGUGCCGGAGGUGACGGCCGGGGCGCUGUGUGGUGUGCCGGGGGCGGCCGUGGUGACCCUGAGUGUGGUGGCGUCCCGGGUGGCCUGGGACGCGGGGGGCGUGGGCAGGGUGGCCGUGGUCGCGGAGGCGGGGGCCGAGGUGGCGGGGCCAGGGCUGGUGUCAGAGGUGGCCCCGGUGGGCGGGGCGGAGCUGGCAGGCGCGGGGAGGGAGGUGGUGUGGGUGGCAGGGGUGCCGCUCGGGGAGCCGGACCCAGGGCUGGUGCUGGAGGUCCAGGCGGGGGCGGGCAGCGUGGUGGGGGCCGGCGGGGAGGACCCCGGGCCGCUGGUGGAGGACGUCAGGGUGUGGGCGGCCACGGGCGUGGAGGUGGUGGCGGAGACGUGA